CGAUGCAUUGUUUUUCUUUCUGCAGAUGCAAACACUCAGAGCUGGCGUGGUAUGUGGCUGUCUGAAUGUGUAUUUCUGUUCACGUCCGGAGUCCAGCCCUAGCUGAUGAAUGCAUGCGCCCAGACGGGGCGGUCACUAUCCGUUUUCAUUCAGAACCGGCGCCGGCCGGCGAAAGCGCUGCCAGCUAAUAUGUAAUUGCCUCGGUCCAUCGGCUUCGCGAAGGGAAAGGAGGGGCGUGUUUAGCUAGAGUGACCCUCGCUCAUGGGGAACAUACCCGUGUCCGUCAAGGAGUGCCUGAGCGCCGGCUUGGACCUAGACUGGAUCUCGGCCGGGCACGUCUUGUCACAUGGACGGCAGAACAGCGCUGAACCCACCCUUCCUGAGUUUGUAAAGAUUGUCGAGGUUGGGCCAAGGGAUGGACUGCAGAAUGAGAAGGUGAUUGUCCCAACUGAAGUGAAAAUUAAACUGAUUGAUCUUCUGUCAGAAACGGGAUUGUCUGUUGUUGAAGCCACAAGCUUUGUAUCUUCAAAAUGGGUGCCCCAAAUGGCAGAUCACACAGAAGUAAUGCAAGGAAUAAAGAGGUCCCCACAAGUAUCCUACCCUGUCUUAACUCCAAAUCUCCAUGGGUUUCAGGCUGCUAUUGAAGCAGGGGCAAAAGAGGUGGCUGUCUUCGGAGCAGCCUCGGAAACGUUCAGUCGAAUGAACAUGAAUUGUUCCAUUGAGGAAAGCAUGCAGCGAUUUGAGGAGGUGAUCGGAGCUGCAAAGAAAGGCAGCAUUCCUGUACGAGGGUAUGUGUCUUGUGCAGUCGGGUGUCCAUAUGAAGGAACUAUCGCCCCAGCAAAAGUUGCAGAGGUGGCAAAACGAAUGUACGAUAUAGGUUGCUAUGAAAUCUCUUUGGGGGACACCACAGGAAUAGGGACUCCUGGUGACAUGAAGGAAUUGCUUCAAGCAGUGAUGAAGGUGAUUCCUAAAAAUGCGUUGGCAGUUCAUUGCCAUGACACUUAUGGACAAGCUUUAGCCAAUGUCUAUGUGGCUUUACAGAUGGGAAUCAGUGUGGUGGACUGCUCUGUGGCUGGUCUUGGUGGCUGUCCUUACGCUGAUGGUGCUUCUGGCAAUGUCUCUACUGAAGAUGUCGUAUACAUGCUGACUGGUUUGGGGAUUCGCACUGGAAUAGACUUGUACAAAUUAAUGGAAGCUGGUCACUUCAUCUGUGAAGUGCUCAACAGGAAGACCAACUCAAAAGUGGCUCAAGCUUGUUACAAGCCUUGACAGGGAUCUUGGCAAUGCACUGAAGAGAAUUCCUGUUGCAAGUACUUAAGCCUUAAUAGUUAAUGCUAUUAUUAAAUUCAAUACUGCACUGGCGCCUUUCCAAUAAUGUAAUGUGCCAUAGUGCAAUACAUCACAACAUUGUAUUUCAUGUGAGGAUACUGAAGUGGAACAUGGGUAACAGAAUAAAUAGUUUUUUUAAUGCCUGCAUUUAGCUUCUGUGAUACAACAUAGUUAAACAAGAGAUUCUGCAGAUGUUGAUAAUCUUGAGCAAACACAAAAUGCUAGAGGAGCUCAUCAGGUCAGGCAGCAUCUCUGGUGAAGAGUCUAAGCUCAAAAUGUCAACUGUCUAUUUACUUCUGUUGAUGCUGUCUGACCUGCUGAAUUCUUCCAGCAUUUUGUGUAUCUUGCUUCUGAUAGUUAUGUUUAUCAAAUAUUUCUGGAGCAAAGGAACAAGACAGAGUCAAAUAGUUAAUGUCUUUAGUUACGUGGCUGAGUCUUCUUGCAACGUGGCCCCAAACACCUCAGCACCAUUGAGCGUAUCCUCAAGAAAUGGUGCAUCAGGAAGGUAGCAUUUAUCAGUAAGGACUCUCACCAGCCGGGAUAUGCCCCUUUUGCGUUACUGCCAUCAGACUGUGAAGCAACCAGUCAGAAUAUUCUUCAUUGUGCAUCUGUAGAAAUUUGUCAGAGUUUUAGAUGGUAUGCCUAAAAUGUGCAAACUUUGAGGAAGAUAGAGGAUGUGUUGUGCCUUCUCUGUGAUAGCACUUACAUGCUGGUGCUGGGAUAUAUUCUCUGAUAUGAUAACGCCAAGGAAUUUAAAAUUACCCUCUCUAUCUCUGACACCACCUCAUUCUGGCUUCUUUCCUCUUUCCUUUCCGGUCCUGAUGAAGAGUCUCGGCCAGAAACAUCGACUAUUUAUUCCUCCCCGUAGAUGCUGCCUCAUCUGCUGAGUUCCUCCAGCAUUUUGUGUGAUUGUUACUCUGGAUUUGUAGUAUCAGCAGAAUCUCUUGCGUUUGGGACCUGCUCCCUGUUUUAGAGUAUCAUAUUCAUAGCCUGAGGAUCAUACAAAAUACAAUGUUAAUAAUAUUAUUAACCAAAGUCCAUGCAAGUUAUUCUGCUGCUCAUUGUCUGAAAUAAGUGAAUGAAGAUCUUUUUCUACACAUAUUGCCUAGAUGUGGACCAUCUAUUUUACUGCCUCAUCCUUGUUAUUCAUCUGACUCUCAGGGUAUUGUUUGAACACCUGUGCCAUGUAUGCAAUGUGUCUUAUUACUUGAUUAACUCAUCCCACAACAUAACAGAGAGGUUCUUGUGAGAUUAUUUUACAUCUAAAAUAGAGUCUGUGUUAUCUGUAGCCUUAAAUUUUUGAGUGUUAAUCUAUUUGACAUGAAAGCUUUAAACUUCAAAUUUUUGCAAUGUAUGAAAGAUCUCAGUUCAGUAAAUUGAAUGUGUUUGUGCUACAUUGAGAAUGCAAAAUGUAUACUUUCUAUUAAAGGUCAA